AUGGCACAUCAGCCUGGUCUGAAAUUUCUUUUCCUCUCUCCUUCAGCGUCGCUCGACAGAAGUGCGUCUGUGAGUAAAGACACCGGUCUCGGCACUGAUAAAGCCAGCUCCGCUCCUGAUGGGUUGAAUUCAGACCACGCAGAUCUGACCGCAGUGGAGCUCAGAAGGAGCGGAACGGAGAUCGUCGGACUUCGGGAGGAUGAGAGCAAGGAGCAUGUGGUACUGGGUGCUGAUGGCUCCUGGCACACAGGGGGAGGAGGGGCAGUGAGGAGCUCCAAAAGAGAACAGUGUCUGUGGAGGUUGGAGCGACUGCUGGGAACUGACACUGGGCAGAUAACAGGUGAGGAGGAGGAUGAUGAAGAAGACAGCGUGCGCACUGAGGAUUUCAGCGCAAGAUUCCUGGACCAAAUGCUGGACCCUACAAAGCUGAGCGUCGCCGGAUCCCGUAACCAGAUCACACCUCCAGACUUCAGCGCUCCAGAUUCCGAAAGUAUCAGCAGCGACACCACACUCCUGACCGAGCCUCAGGUCACGAGCGGACAGAACACAGGCCUGGACCCCGGUGUUACUGCUUUCAAAUCUCCCAGCAGACAACUAGCAGAUCAGGAGAAAAAACAUGACACGUUUGCUGUUGUAGGUGUUCAACUGAAAAGUUUCGACUUUGUUGCUAUAGACAGCGAUUUGGACUCUGAAGAUGAGGUGAACGGUGUGUGUGUAGGGAGCUACCGAUCUCUAAGGUCUCCAGCCAGCAUCCAGCGAAGAGAGAAAUGGAACCAAAGCAGGAGGAACAACACCAACACCAACACCAACACCAUCACCAACACCUCCACCAGCAGCUCUACAGCCUCAACAGCUUGCAAAGAGAAGGCUGGUGACAAGAGCCAAUCAGAAUUCAGCUAUGUGGAAUUGUCUCUUGCUGAUCAGCAGCAGCAAAAUGUGGCAGUUGUACGGGGAGUGGAGAGGUUGAGAGAGGAGGUCGAGCAGGCUGAGAAAGAGCAACACACACUGCAUCUUAGUCUGACUCACACCAGGACACACACUCAGCUCCUCAGGAGUGAGCUGCACAAACUCCAAGCUCAGAGAGAUUUGUAUAUUCAGGAGGUCAAGGCUCUGCAGGAGAGCCAGGCUGCCCUGCAGAGACACAUUACCACAGUAAACCAUGACAACAGCCCUCACAGGCAUCUGACCAGCGGCUGUACGUCCGUGCUGGAGAUGGAGGAGAUGGAUCGGCUUUUGGAUAACGCCAAAUCCGAGCUGUUCUCCGAGCAGCGGCGCUUCAGACACAUGCUGGACUCCAUGCAAGAGAGAUUAGAGGAAGUGACCCAGGAGCUGGAGCAGAAGCAGGUGGAGAACAGUAAGCUCAGAGAGAAAUGCUCCCAGCUGGAGGAAAAGCUGACCACAGCAACCAAAUCUAGACAGGAGCUACAGGAAUCUGUGUGGAGCGAACGAGUGGAGCAGGAAGGUCAGCUUGCGGCUCUCGAGAAGAUCAUCGCACAGAAAGAGAUGCUUCAUCUGGCCACGCAGGAGGAGAAGAACCGACUGGAGAUGGAGAUCAAGGCUGUCAGAGAGGCGAACCGUGCUAAGCUAACAGCAGCACUGGCACACGCUCAGACGCAAAAGGAAGUGGAAGUGGAGCAGCUCAGGACUCAGAUGACUCUGGACCAUGUGGAAGAAUUACAGCGGAUGAAAGAAGAAGAAGUGAACAGACUACAGGAGUGUUUAAAGCAACAGCAAGAGGAACUCAGGAGAAGAGAAGAGGAGCUAAGAGGAGAAAGUCAAGAGCAGGUGAAGAAGGCAGUGGAGCGAGAGCAGAGGAAGUGGGAGGAGCUGAGGGCGGAGUCUCUCCGAGAGCAGAAGGUCAGACUAGAGAAGCAGAUUCAGGAGGUGGAGAGGAGAGGGAGAGCUGAUGUGGAGAGAGAGAAAAGGAGUGCACUGGCUCUGCAGAAUAAAGUGCUGGAGCUGCAGAAGAGUGAGGAGGAGUUGAAUAGCGCAGCGUCUAAGCAUACAGCCCUGAUCAGAGCCCUGAGAGAUGAGCACCAGACAGAGUUAUAUAAAUUGCGCAGACAGCUGCAGCAGGAGGCUGAGAGCGAAGCCGUGCGUCUGAAAGAGUUUGUGAAGAGGAGCGAGCAGGAGCUGCAGGCCGUGAGGGGGGAGCUGGCAGAGUGUGAGCGUCUCCAGCAGGGGGCAGAGGCGAGAAAUGAACAGAAGACUGCAGGCUGGGCUCAAGAUAUACGCAACGAGUGUGUGUGUCUGCAGGAGCUGCUUACUCAUAACGGCUUCACUGUGGACAACACACAUCUCUCACACAGUGUUACAGUAAGCGAGGCGGUGCAGGUGCUGCAGUCUCUCAGGAAGUCACUUCAACACCUCAUCACCAGCCUGCAGAAUCACAUCACCUCACUGACACACACCAAACAACAGCUCAGUAGUCAAAAAGAGGAGGAGCUGCGUGUACAGAGAGAGCAGCUAACAGCUGAGAAAGAGAGAGCUGUAAAUUCUUUGAGGGAAAAACUUAUCGAGGAGCACAUCGAGGAGCUGAGCAAUCUGAACAGGGUGCGUCUGCGUGAGGAUGAUGACGGCGACUGCAUGGCUGCGCGUCUGCGCAGGCAGCUGCGGGCUAAAGAUGAAGAGCUGCGUCAGAUUCAGAGGAACAUGGUGCAGUGGAAGGAGAAAACCACGGCACGGCUCGCACACAAGUUUCAACAGGAGCUCACGUCUGAGCUGGAGAGGAAAACCUGCAGACAAAAAUCAGAACAGCGGCGGAGGCUGGAGCAGCUGGAGGGAGAGAUGAGACUCCUGACGGCGAGUUCCAGUAACAUCACAGACGUCCCAGCAUCCUCUGCUUCCUCAGCUCAUGUCCCAGACGCAGCCAGUAGCCACGACCUGGACUCUCAUAAACUACUGCGCCACCUCCAGAGUCGCAUCAGGCAACUGCAGGCUGACGCUCAGAGCCACUCACACACCUACACACCCGGCGGCAUGCGUCUGAACCGCGACCGUGGGAACAGCGAGCUGGCUGGAUCCUACCUCGAGACAAUCGCUCCAGAACCGGACAGCUGUGUGACACGACAGAGCUCUGAUUUAAGAACGACCCGGAAACUUAACCUUUGACGUCUGAUUAUAUCUUUUCUUGUAAACUGACAUGCUGAGGACAUUAUACGGGUCAUCGUCAGUGACCUGACAUCUGACUCUUCCAUUUUUUUUACGUAGAAUUGCUGCAGUAAAUUAAAUACAUACUCAAAGGCUCACACUUUAAAGUGUUGGAACCACACCGUGUAUCUGCUCUUCUAGCAAUAAGAGUCGACUCUUUUAAUUCCUAGUCAUUUUUACCUAAAGUUAUACUGUACUACUGUAGGAACUACUGUAAUUGCCUGCAAUAUAACACGACAGACAAACAAACAAACAAGAAAAACGGUUCAGAUAUGUGAGUCAGCUCUCAAAUUUCAUCUAAAAGAGUCCGAUUCAAAGAGUCGACUCGUUACAAAACGACACUCAAUCAGCUAAGGAUUUGCUCAGCCAUUAUAAUGGAAUUUCCUUCAAGUACAGUGGAAGGAUUGCUUCUGAAAAAAAUCCCAGAAUGCUCCACAAGCAAAAUGGGA